AUGGAGAACGCAAGGGGAAAUGACACAAGUGAAUCCUCGGAGGCUCGUAUGAGCCAAAUGGAACAGAUGCUUGUUGCAUUGACUGAAGCCAUGACGCAACAACUAAGACAACAACCUUUGCCUCCUCCGCCUCCGCCAGUACUAGUUGAACCGGACAAUAACGACAUCAUCAAUUUGACUAAGAAAUUUAUGAAAAUGAAACCACCGACCUUCUUGGGUGGCAUUGAACCAUUGAAGGCAGAAACCUGGUUACUAGAAAUGGAAAAAUUAUUCGUAGUAUUCCUUUGCUCUGUAACUCAGAAAGUACUUUUGGCUACCUACACCCUAAAGGAUGAAGCCCGGAGAUGGUGGCUGUCGGUUCGAAAUAACAACGGGGACAUGACGUUGGCACAAUUCAAUGAGAUAUUCUACAACAAGUACUUUCCCCAAUGCUUCAGGGAUCGAAAAGUUUCUGAAUUCCAAGAACUUAAGCAAGGGAAGAUGUCCGUAGCUGAGUACGAGGCUAAGUUCACCGAGUUGGCCAGAUUUGCUCCUCAUAUGGUGGACAUGGAUUAUAAGAAAGCAUGA